AUGUGGUACGAUAAUGAACGGGUCCCAGAGGAAGAGGGGGUGAGUAAGCUACUCGUUGGAAAAACAUUCGCCUAUUUUCCCAAAUGUCGGAAUGAUGAAAUUCGUCAUAUGCAAGGGGAGGGGCGAUACGGAGGGGUAAGCGCGGAGGGCGAUGUAGCCUAUGGGGGGAUUGACAACAGGGUAGACAACAUGGACACCGUGGAGAAUAUGAACGCUGCAGAAAACGAGGGCAUCACGGAUACGAUCGAAGAUGUGGAGGAUUCGAACAGGGGGGAUGAUUCAAUGAAGGAGGCCAAUGGGGAUAACAUACACAACAUUGAAGGAGUGGACAGCGUGUUCUUCGACCAGAAGGAGUACGUACUAAUCCAACAGAGAUUGGGAAGGACAAUUAUCCCCCUAAACCCAGAACUACUGGCACAGUCUACAAUGGAACAGGAAAUAAUAGAUGGCUACCUGAGUGAAAUCCACAAAAAUGUAGGUAAGUGUUCCAUCCUAACAGAGUAUUCCUUUCUAAUGCAAGAAAUGCCAACGGGAAUUUACUGCCUUCCACAAAAAGAUAAUUUACUAGUAUGGGAUGUAUUCAUAAUUCUGUAUAGCACUGUUUAUAAGAACGGAAAAUUUAAAGCGCAGAUAAGAUUAGGAGAAAAUUACCCUCAUACAAUUCCUGAAAUAUAUUUUUUAUCCUCUGUUUUUCAUCCUUUUAUAAAUUUUCAAACGGGAAAAUUAAAUUUGGGAAAGCAUUUAAAUGAAUGGACCCCCAAAUGUCAUUACAUGUCGUUAAUAUUUCUGUACAUGAGAAAUAUUUUUUAUUUACAAGAUGAAUACAGCAAGGAGAACAUCGAAAAUGAGGAAGCUUAUUUUUUACUGAAUAAUGAUAGGGAGUUGUUUCUUCGGAAGGUUCAGGACAGUGUGCAGAUGUCCAAUGAGAAACUGUAUCAGCAGGUAGACAACUACAUGUUUAACUUUUGCGCUGAUGUGGAUAGCCGGGAAAUUACUGAUAUGAUGGAGCGGGUGAAGAACGACUCCCUGUGUAGCAAGAAAGCAGAGGCAUUCAUACACUGGCUCGUAAACGACUACGCCGGGGGGCCCAGCGGGGAGGUACUCAGUGAGGGUUUACCAAGUGAAGAGGUACUCAGUGAUGAUUUACCAAGUAGAGAGGUACUCAGUGAGGGUUUACCAAGUGAUGAGAUACUCAGUGAGAACCACCCACGCGAUGGAGUCGAGGAGGGGGGUGCACCUCCGAAUGAAGCAAUCCCCCACUAUGACAACGCCAAGCGUGAGAACCAGAAUGACGGAGCAACACCUGUGGAUGCUACCGCCGUGCAACAGCUCCGGAAGGACAGAAAGAAGAGGUAA